AUGUCUUCAUCCAACUCCAUUGUUCGUGCGUUAGGCCUAACGGCCGCCAUAACAGCUGUAAGUAUGGCUGGUUAUGCUGUCUAUUUUGAUUAUCAGAGAAGAAACAGUCCUGAAUUUAGACUCAAGUUGAAGAAUAAAUUAAAGAAAGAGGCCAAAGAAAUAAAAUUAGCUGAAGAGAAAGCGAAACAGGAACAAUUAGAAUCUCUUCGUAAUUUUUUAACUGAAGAACUAAUAAAAGAUCCGGUUUCAAUGGAUCCGUUAAGAAGGGAGGAAGUUUUUACUACAAACGUGGAACUCGGUGAACGUUUGACCAUAUCUCCUGGCCAUGAACUAGAGUCAGCAGCUAAAUUUUACAAAGCCUUGUGUGUGUACCCUAAGCCUACAGAUUUAUUGGGUAUUUAUCAAAGAACUAUUCCUGAAAGUAUUUAUGAAAAGAUUAUCCUAAUGAUAACUGUGUUACCUCCAAGUAACAUAACUGAUUUCUUAAGUGGUGGUUCUGAAUCUUCCAAUGCGAUGGAGCCUAUUAUUUCUGAAAUCGAUACCGAAACGGAAGAAAUUGAAAUCGAGAUGGAAACUGAAGGUGAUGGUAAUUCUAAACCUCAAGACGAAGAAAAGCAAAAGUCAGAUCUAGAGAAAGAGAAAAAAACUCAGCAUGGAGCAGAAGUUAACGAAAAACAAGAAUCUAAUGAUGAAGUUGAAGCUGAAUCUGCUAUUAAUUGA